GAAGAAAUAGAUGAGUUUCAGGUGCACUGGAGAUCUCCAAAUGGUGAUCCAGUGUUCAACAGCGAUCACUUCACGCAAGAAUUACUCAAUGAAGAGAGAGAUUUCUUUACAGCUCAAUUGCUCAUUAAGAAUUAUUUGGCCAAAGACAAUGGUACUUAUGUAUGUGUAAUAAAGAAUAGAUCCGGUGCGAUCAUAGCUCAGGUCACGCUUGAAGUUGAAGAGGAAGAACUCCCCAAAGAGGAUCGCCAAAUCUUGGAAAACUUGAAUGCAGUUGAUUUGGAUUUGGAAGAUGAUAUGGCAAUAGAAAGAGCGAGGCCAUCUCAUGACGAAACUAAAAACACCAUCAGAGAAGAUGCAGUCUAA